AACAAUACGAUCCAUUUUUCUUCUUAUAUCAUAUCCACGCCGGAAGUGGACAAUUUAUCAGCCCUCUUUGAUUGGUUCCAUGAGUUAUUUACGUUUUUUUUCGCCACUGAAAAAAUACACACAAAAGCAUUUGCUAGGAAGAUAUGUUUGGAUGGAUGGUGUUUCCCUGUUUAGAACAAAACUCUCGCUGAAUCCUCUAGAUCGGGGGUGUUCAAACUUUUUCCAGCGAGGGCCACAUGCUGAAAAAUGAAAGGAUGCAAGGGCCACUUUGAUGUUUUGGAAAGCAACACAUUGAGAUAUGCUGAGAAGCUAUAUGUAGCUCAGGAAAAAACUGCAUUUCACCUUUGAAAUGCUCGUAUGCAUGUUUGACACGGAUCCACGUCUCGCGAGACGUGACGUGGUUCAAGAUGGCGCCGUCGGUGUUGCUCUUUGUUUGUUUUUUACGUUUUGUUUUAUUCCGGAACCGUGCGGACUCAUUCGGUACGACAGAACUGAACUCCUUCACAUACGAGCCAGCAUGCCGGCUUCACAGCCAGCUGUCAUGGAUUUACCACCAAAUCUCUCGCGAGGGCGAUUGAAACACCGGCCGAGGAAGAGGGGAAAAAGAGGAGGGGUGCUAGUUCGGCUGAGACACCGGGGCCACAGACUACCCCUGCCGAGCCUCGUCCUUUCCAACGUCCGCUCGCUAGCAAACAAGACGGACGAGCUCACCUCCCUCAUCGUCUCCCAACGAGACUUCAGAGACUGCGCUGCCAUAUGCCUGACAGGAACCUGGCUGACCGCUAACAUCCCCGAUGCAGCGCUACAACAGGGGGGCUUCACUUUCCACCGAGCUGACCGCACGCGAGACUCCCAGAAGCAGCGCGGCGGAGGUGUCGGUUUCUCCAUCAACCAGAACUGGUGUACGGAUACAAAAACCCUUUCGUCCGGCUGCUCAUCCGACCUGGAACACCUCAUGGUGAGGUGUAUCCCCUUCUACUCUCCAAGGGAAGUCUCCUCCAUCAUCUUGUGCGCAGCCUACAUCCCUCCCAGUGCAGCAGCAGCGUCAGCCGCACAACAACUAGCUGACCACGUCCUCACCGCGGAAAACUCCUACCCAGACUCGGUUGUUCUGGUGCUUGGAGACUUCAACCAUGUCUCCAUGAGAAAAACACUGCCCAGAUACAAGCCACAGGUUCACAUCUCCACCAGGCUGGACAAAACACUCGACCAGUGGUACUCCUCCAUACCGGAGGCGUACCAGGCUCAAGUCAGAGCCCCGAUUGGAAAAGAUACGCAGACACCACCUGAGCAGAGACAGGACAGCUGAAGCAGAGGAAGGAAAGAGCUAAAACGAGCUUAUCGCACACCUCCUCACCUGCAGCCAACGUAGUUAUGGACAACGUUUAUUCAAUAAACAUUCGGCGGAGAUUUGAAUAACCGGUUUGUACGUGACCUCACUUACCGAACAACUUCCCCGGACAUGACUUCAAAAUAAAAGUUUUAUAUGAAAAACAAAGUCUUUUCAAAACAAUAUUCUCCCGUCUAAGCUCUUGCUCUGAAAAGUACACCUAAAGUGCUGCAAUUAGUAACUUUUAUUUACUAAAUAACAUUAAAAUCAAUUCAAUCCAGCGCCAAUAUUGGAUUCGAUGUAUUUCGGCAGAAAUCUGUACAGCCUGUAGAAACCUCCAGCAAGCCACUAAUUGUAUACAUUUUCGUGCUUUAGACAGACUUGAGUGGCGCCACUAACACCUCUGGGGGGGGGGGCCGGAAGUGUUAUUACUUCAGUUUACCCUCCCUCCCGCAGUUGACCAACAAAAGAAUGCUGAUCCGGGUCCCUCUUCACGUCAAUCAUGUUAACUCCCAAGACACGAGACGAGACGCUAUCCUUUCAUGGUUGCAACCCGCCAUUAAACCAAAAGAAGAGAGGCUAUCCUUCCCAGGUAGCGGUCUGCUCCGAUGGGGACUCCGCAAAAGAAGGCUAGAACAUACAAUUUACAUCCAGAAUGGGGCGAACAAUUGGUUUUUACGCAUGUCAAAGACAAAUGUGUGUGUAUGUUGUGCCACCAAAGUCAAGCGCCGAGUAAAAAAGGGAAUCUGGAGCGGCAUCACAACAUUCACCAUUCAAAGUUCAAGGAGGUCUUUCCGCCAAAAACUGCUAUCCGUAGCAAGGAAGUCGUUACGCCUGCUGUGCGAAAUAAUGCCGCCACGGAAGCAUCAUUUAGUCUAGAUUACACUUAAUUUUUCUGAACGAGGAUGAAGGAUACUUUCCUGCCAGGGACCAACAUUACAAUACAACAGGGUUAGCAUAAUCACGUGACAGAACGGCGACUGUCUUUGGAGCCCCCUGCUGGGGAAAGUACACCAUGCACGUUCCUCUAAAUGCUCCUUGGUCUAGAUAGCUCAUUUAUUCAUGAAGUGUUUAAAUGUAUUGAUCUUUUCUCUGAAGCAUCUGGUCUGACACUCAAUCGUAGUAAAUGUGAACUUAUGGCUAUACACGAUUGCAAGCUUUUAGAGACUUUUAAUGUUCCUAUUAAUGUUAAUUAAUGUUCCUGAUACAAUUAUUCAGUGCAAAACAACAUUAAAAUCAUGUUUACAAAGAGAUCUAACAGUGUUUGGAAGAACAUACUUAACCAAAACUUUAAUUACAUUUGGAAAAACCGACUUCACUAUAUAAAAAAAAAUCAGCAAAUAUUAAAGAAUAUGAAGAAGGUGGCUUACAAGCAAUCGACUUUGAAUGUCUAAAUGCUGUCUUAGAAAUGAAAUGGUUCAAAUCUUUUGUGCUGGAUAGAAAUAGUGUUUGUUUUUUGUCUCUCCAGAGGUUUAUUUGAAAAAAAAUGGAGGUACAGAGUUUGUCCUUAAAUGUGACUGUAAUCUAGAAAAACUCCCCAUAAAGUUGUCGUCCUUUUCACAAGCAGGUUCUGUUAUGCUGGAAACGUGUGUACAAUCACCAUUUUACGCCACACCAAACACUGAUCUGGAAUAAUAGAUAUGUUCUUUGUCAUGGAAAAUCUCUCUUUGUUUUGCACCACUGGAUGGAUAAAAGCAUUUGGUCCAUUUCUCAUCUUAUUGAUAACGAGGGCACCUGCUUAUCAUAUGAAAACUUCACUUCAGUUCAUAGUAUUCAUUGUAGAACAUCUGAAUUUAAUAAAGCACUCAAAGCAAUUCCUACACCAGUCAAACAACUUGUGCAAAACAUUGAUUUGGAGGGUCUGCCUCCUCCUAAUUUACCAGUACUCUACAUCAAUGAACAAGACCUUCUUAACAAAGAGAUACCAAACAAAAUCCUUGAAUAACACUCUAUAUCCAAUGCGUUCAAAUAGAAACUCAAUUAUGCACAAGUUCUCUGAUGUGGAGGUUCAAACACGGAGGAGCCAAUAUCUAACAUUCCCUGUACGUCCAAAGGUGAAAGAAGUACAUUUCAAGACCUGAAAUGAGAUUUAUCAAGCUCGUGAAAUGCUAAGAGUAAAAGUUCUUAUUGACCAUAACUACUGUAUUUUCUGGGACUCAGAGACUGAAAGCACGGACCAUCUUUUCUUUCACCGUAUUUACACAAACACAUUUUUGGAGGACUUUGAGGACCGGCUUUCUUCUCAACUCCCGCUACAGGACACCCUCACCAUGGACAACAUAUUAUUUGGCGUGAACCUGAGGGAACGGCAAGCGGACUAUGUUAUAAAUAACCUAUGAUUACUCUCCAAAUAUUUCAUUCAUUGCUCAAAAUGGAAACAAGUAAAGCCUCUUUUCACAGUGUUCCAAAAGCAUCUUGCAGGAAAUGAUCUCACUGCCUUAAAAUGUAUGAAAGGUAAAAAAUCAAUGUCACUCUUGAAUGCGUUUGAAAAUACUCUCAGACCUCUCGUGUUUCCCUUACAAUUGUGUCAAUGUGUGUUUUUUUUGUUUUGUUUGACCUUGUGCCCUGAAGUUGUUGCCAAAUUGUAUGCAAGUGUGCAUGUCUCAGAUGAAGGGUACCCUUUGCUGUCUUCAACUUCACUUGAGUAGUAUUUGAAGUAGUUGUUCUAACAAUGUGUACUAUCCCUAUCACUCUGACGCUUAUAGAGGGAGGAAGCUUACCAAACCAUAAAUGAAGCCUGUUCAUGUUUUUAUUUUGCGCUAGCACGGCUAUGUUGUAAAAAAGUGUCUAUAUUUGGACAUUGAAAUGUUCCAUGUAAAGCAUGUCUACUUUUGUUGUGAAAUUAACAAUAUUUUCUCUGAUCAUUUUGUCAUGAUUUGUACUUAGAAUGAAAGAAUGAUGUCUGAAAUUGGUUUCUAAUGUGUUUUAUUCAAAUAUUCUCAGUGUAAAAACAAAAUAGCUGUCGUGUAAUCAUUAGUGAAAAGUACAUAACCUUCGUGUCCGCCUGCCGAUGAAAAUGUUGAAGAACAUAAUUCCAUGGAAAAACAAACCCCAUGAUGAUUACAAUGGUAAAUAUUCAUGAAAUAAAUACUCAAAUCUGCAACUGAAGUGAUUCUUUUGUGUAUAAAAGAGUAAAAUAAGUCUAUCCACCAGUUUAACAUUUAAUGUAACACUUGGGUACCCUUGAUCUGAGCCAUGCACAUAUACUUUUUCUUUGUUUAACAUGUGUGUUCUAUUCUAAUUAAAGCAAAA